AUGGCAUAUCCCACCACCUCCAUCCCCUCAAAAUUCCUCUCUCAUCCCCACGAUCUCGGCGUCAUCGCCGUAGGCUUCUCAGGCGGCCAAUGCAAGCCCGGCACCGAAGCCGCACCGACCGCCCUCCUCUCCGCUGGCCUGAUCUCCCAGCUCCAAGACGAUCUGCAUUACACCGUUCACCACGACAACACCGUACAUACCUAUGCCUCUCUACUCCCUUCACCGGACUCAGACACUCCAUAUCGAGGGAUGAAGAAUCCGCGUGCCGUGUCUGCCGUGACUAGGGAGCUGAGCAGACAAGUGUACGAGCAGGCGAGGGAGGGACGGAUGGUGUUGACUUUGGGCGGCGACCAUAGUAUUGCGAUCGGGACAGUUAGUGGGAGUGCGAGAGCGGUGUUGGAACGGUUUGGGGGGCGGAGAGAAGUGGCGGUGAUUUGGGUAGAUGCUCAUGCCGAUAUAAACACGCCGGAGACGAGUGGCAGUGGAAACGUGCAUGGGAUGCCAGUGGCGUGGUUAACGGGUUUGGCGAAGGAGGGAAGGAAGAGAGAAGACGUUCUUGGGUGGUUGCCGGGGGAGGGGAAGGGCGAGCGAGAAGAGGAAGUGCCGUUGAGUUUAAAGAAAUUGGUGUAUAUUGGAUUGAGAGAUGUGGAUGCGGGGGAGAAGGAAAUUUUGAGGACGCAUGGGAUUUGUGCUUUUAGUAUGCACGAUAUUGAUCGACACGGAAUAGGGCGCGUUAUGGACAUGGCGUUGGCACAUAUUGGGACGGAUACGCCAAUACAUCUUUCAUUCGAUGUGGAUGCUUUGGAUCCGCAGUGGGCGCCUUCGACGGGUACGCCUGUGAGAGGAGGCUUGACGCUCAGAGAAGGCGACUUCAUUUGCGAAUGUGUGCAUGAGACUGGAAGUCUUGUUGCGAUGGAUCUGGUGGAAGUCAACCCAAAAUUGGAAGAACAAGGUAAAGAAGAGACCGUCAGAGCUGGAGUCAGUUUGGUAAGGUGUGCACUGGGCGAUACGCUGUUGUGA